AUGCCUAACUAUAUGAACUACUCGUGUGAAUGUGUGAUCGGAUUCUCGGGAGAGAGAUGUGAAACAGAAAUAGAUUCCUGUGAUAGUAAUAGCUGUCAAAAUGGCGCUACAUGUAACCCUGUAAACGGUUCUUCUACUAACUACACAUGUCAAUGUCCGACUGGAUACACGGGCGAUUACUGCAAUAUGGAAAUAUAUCCCUGUGCUAAUAACCCGUGUGAGAAUGGAGCAACAUGUGUUCCAAUGCCUAACUCUAUGAACUACUCGUGUGAAUGUGUGAUCGGAUUCUCGGGAGAGAUUACUGACGAACAUCGUACGAUUUGUGUUGGAUAA